GCCUAUCUGAAAGAUCCAUCGACGAUGAUUGGACAGGCUACAAUCUACAUACGUCCACUUCAACAGGAUCUACCCUUAGAUUGUGAGAGCUCACGUCCUGCCUCUGGUCCAGUCAUCCCCUGCAUCACUUGUCAGAAGGAAGUUCCCUUUUCAGAGAUGAAGCUGCACAGAUUGAGCUGCAAUGGGACACCCAUGCAGGAAUCAGAAAGAGAACAAGAGGGAGGCCAAAGUGAAGAAAAUGAUAGUGAGACAGCCCUAGUCAGUGACAGUGUUCCAGUGAGGCCUGAAACAUCAGCUGAGAGUGCAGUAGUACCGGCAGUGAUUGUCAACGAGGAGUUGGAUCGCAAAGAAACAGACAGUGAAUGGAAGCUUAUUAAAGAACCCACUCAAGCUGCCAAAGUUUUCAAAGAGAAUCUGCUAAGGGAACAUGCAACUGGGAAACCACUUAGAAUGAAGAUGGAUGUAAGGGACUCUGAAGAGGACAGGGAACGGGAGCUUCUCUUAUUAUAUAAACAGCAGCAAGAAUGGGCAUGUCCACUUCAUUGUACUCUGGUUGGUGAUGUUGCUAUCGGAGAGGGAGUGAUGCGGUACUUUAUGACAACAAUCAUAUCCAAACUCCAGUUUGGAUUCAGUCUAGAUCUUGGAGGAAUGGGCCGAACACUGCUAUUUGAGGGGUGA